AUGACGAAACCCCUUACCCACCAAGCGCGCUCAACCUACCGUGCGCUCCUCCGCGAGCUCCCUGGCCGCAAACUAACUGCACCGUCUCCCCUCCACCAACGCCUACGUACGCUCUUCCGCCCGCAAGAACAGACGCCCUCCACACCGGCCUGCCCAUCGCAAACCUCACAAUUUGCCAACACAUCCCAUUCAUCUGAAGUGCCUCUCCCUUUCUCUAUUCCUACCAGCGCAGAAGACCAGGCCAUCCGCCUCCAGGAGGCCAGCCAGAUGGCGCAGUAUGCGAAGGCGCAACGCACGUACGCCGCCCUGCUUGAGCGGUACAAUCCGGGCAUGCACCUUGAAGAGGAAGAGCGCAUCCGAUUGACAGCCCGGCGAGUGGGCUUUGACUUGCCGCAGCUGCAUAAUGCAGAGGGCGAGAAGCCAAAGGAGUAA